CUGAGAUGUGCAAAACCGAAAUACUUUUUGUCUGUAAAACCAAAUCGUUCAAAGAAUAAAAACAUGAAGUCAUUUUGGGCUUCUUAUAAGUCUUUGCCACCAAGAACACGCGUUUAUCUCGGUUUAGGAGGAAUAGCCAUAGCUUUAACAGGUCAUUACGUUAGUGACUGGCUGGAAAAAAAAAUUUCUGUAGACUCUCAAGCAACUGCGGGAAAUGCUUCAAAUAAUUUAUCGAAUCAAAUCACCAAUACUUCUCAAAAAACUUAAUGUGAAAGAAAAUAUAUAUUAACAUUUCUAUGAAUAUAUUACUAAAUAUUUUAAUGAUUCACAAUAAUUAUUGUUCCUCAAC